AUGAGGACAAUACUGCUGGCUGUGGUUUACAUCCCAUUCAUCUUGGCUGUGGAACGAAUCCCCUUGAUUCGAUUCAAAUCUAUCAAGAAACAGCUGAAGGAAAAGGGAGAAUUAGAGGAAUUUUGGAGGAAUCACCACCCUGAUGUUUUUGCCCGGAGGUAUCUGCAUUGUUUCCCUGCAGAUAUUGCUUUAUCAGUAGGAGCUGCUUCAGAAAGGCUGUAUGAUUACAUGAAUGCGCAAUACUAUGGGGUUGUGAGCGUCGGGACACCGCCCCAGAGAUUCACCGUCGUGUUUGACACCGGCUCCUCCAACUUCUGGGUCCCGUCCGCUUACUGCAUCAGCGAGGCCUGCAGGGUGCACCAGAAAUUUAAGUCCUUCAAGUCAGAUUCAUAUGAGCAUGGAGGGGAAGCCUUCUCCCUGCACUAUGGCACAGGACACCUUCUGGGCGUUGCUGGCAAAGACACACUGCAGAUAAGUAACAUCUCCAUCAAGGGACAGGACUUUGGCGAGUCGGUGUUUGAGCCAGGAGCAACUUUUGUCCUUGCCCACUUUGAUGGUGUACUGGGCUUAGGCUACCCCUCCUUAGCAGUGGGCAAUGCUCUGCCUGUGUUUGACAGCAUCAUGAACCAGCGCCUGGUAGAGGAGCCAAUCUUCUCUUUCUAUCUGAAAAGAGGAGAGGACACCGAGAAUGGCGGUGAGUUGAUUCUGGGGGGAAUUGACCAUUCUCUCUACAAAGGUUCAAUCCACUGGGUCCCAGUCACUGAGAAAAGCUACUGGCAAAUACACAUGAACAAUAUAAAGAUCCAGGGCCGGGUGACAUUUUGCUCCCAUGGCUGUGAAGCCAUCGUUGACUCAGGCACUUCUCUUAUCACUGGCCCCUCUUCACAAAUCAGGCGAUUGCAGGAAUAUAUUGGGGCAAGUCCAUCAAAUACUGGAGAGUUUCUCGUAGACUGCAGAAGAUUGUCGAGCUUGCCUCACAUAAGCUUCACGAUCGGACACCGCGAAUACAAGCUGACAGCAGAGCAGUACAUUGUAAAGGAAUCUAUUGAUGACCAAACCUUCUGCAUGAGCGGCUUCCAGUCUCUCGACAUCCCCACUCGCACUGGCUCGCUCUGGAUUUUAGGAGAUGUCUUCAUGUCUGCAUUUUACUGUAUUUUUGACCGUGGGAAUGACAGAGUGGGAUUUGCAAAAGCUGUUCACAGGAAGGAUUACUACUGA